UCCUGUGUGAGCUGUGAUUGGUCACAGCUUGUCACAUGGUACAAGGCUGUUGUGAAUAGCCUUGUACCAUGUGACCUCUGUCAUCAUUCACAGAUUUCACAUGUAGUAAGCAAUGAUGUCAGGAAAUGACAUCUUGCUUACUACUAUUCAUGUGAUCGUUGAUUGGCCAAUCAGCGAUCACUGGAUCCUGGCCAGUGAUUGCACGCCGGCACCCGGUGAUUGCCGAGUACUACCGAUGGGGGGUUGGGGGGGGUGUAGAGAACUGUAUGUAAACAAUACAGUUCUCUCCCCUAUCAGCUCCAGCACACUGCUUUGU